AUGGAUGACCCGGAGGCGAUGUGCUACAUCAGCAACCUGAGCGACAAAUGCACGGCCGACUUGAUCGAAGAGCUCUUCGUGCAGAUGGGACCGGUGAAGAAAGUGGUGUGGAAAGACGAAGCGAGCCACCGCUACGCCCUCGUCGUCUUCAAAGACGUCGAGUCGGUGCUCUUCGCGGUUGAGGCGCUCGAUGAGAUUCGUCUCUUCGGCCAGCCUCUAAGUGUCAAGCCGAAAAACGGGACUGCGCAGUACGAGAAAUACGAGCAAUGGAAGCGUACGCAGCCUGCGCGUAUCGCCCCGCCAGUCCCACCCCCGCCACCACAAGGCGGUUGGGUCGUGCCACAGUCCCGCCACGACAAUCAUCAGCCCCGGCGCUCUUAUGACGAUAACCACGGAGGCCAUCGGCAAAACUGGGGACAGCGCCAAAGUUGGGGACACCCGCAGUCCGCGCCCCCACAUCGUCAUCAACAAGGCAACGAACGGAUGCGGGAUCGUGGCGCAACGCAACGCAACGACGAUCGCUGGAAACGCCCGAACCCGUUCAAUAACCACCGUCAAAAUACCCCGAGCGCAAUGAAGGUGGAUGUUGUCAAGAAGAAAAAGGCGCUAAAAGUGGUGGUGCCCAUUUCCGCAGACGCUGGUGUUAAAAAGAAAAGACCGUGGAGAAACAAGGCACGACGAGAGGCGAAGAAGGAAGCCAAAAAGACGUCAACUGACACCGAGCCCGUCAAAACAGCACCACCCGCAACAGAUGCAGUGGCGAAGACGAAGAAAUCCAGAAAGGGCCCGAAAAAGCGUGAGAAGCUGAAGAAACUUCACGCCCAGCCCGAGCAAACUGUCGAGGAAAAAGACGCCGCGUUGAAAAAGCUCGAGUCCGGAAGAUUUAGGUAUCUCAACGAGCAGCUGUACACAAUGUCCGGGUCCGAUGCCUACGAGCUGUUCAGCAAAGAUCCGGAAGCAUUCUACGUUUACCACUCUGGAUACGCGGAACAGACGAAAAAGUGGCCAAAUCACCCGCUGAAGUACAUGAUUCAAUGGCUCUCGUCAAAGACGCCAGGACUUGUAGUGUUGGAUCUUGGCUGCGGGGAGGCGAAGCUCGGAUCGGCCGUGGGAGCAAAACACGAGGUCCAUUCGUUUGACUUGGUCGCCGUCAACGAUAAGGUGACAGCGUGCGACAUGGCUAAAUUACCUAUUGAGGAUGGAACGGCCGACAUUGCGAUUUUCUGCUUAUCGCUGAUGGGCACGAAUUUGGCGGAAUAUAUCCGAGAAGCGAGAAGAUGUUUGAAAGAGAAUGGUAUCCUCAAAAUCGCUGAAGUCUCCUCCCGUUUCACGAACACCAAGUUAUUCUGCGGAGCCGUUUGUAAACUGGGAUUCGACCUAACCGAAAAGAAACGCCUCACCGACUACUUCUCCAUGUUCGAAUUCGUGAAGACGGGCAAGGUGGAGAGCAAGAAGCCGUUCGGGUUGAAGUUGAAGCCGUGUCUGUACAAAAAGCGG